UGUGGCCUUCUUUCUCUUUAGUUUGCACUAUCAGAAUGAUUAUUAUAAGAAUUAGUUUGUGUAUUGAAGGAUGGAAAAUUAAAAGAGAAAUCAGCUGGGAUUAUAGCUGGAGGUGGAGCAGGGUCAUGCACAGGCUCUGGGUUCAAAUCCCAGCACCAAGAAAUAAAUGAAUAAGUAAAAGAGAAAUCAGUCCCUAGGACAUCACGAUGCCUGCUGGGUGAGGGAGGGGCAGCAGGACUGGAGAUCCAGGGGAGAGGGUCAUCCGAUGACCCAGGCAGUGGGAACUGCGUUUGCAAAGCUCUCCCCUGGGUCUCCCACGUGGGGGAGCAGCUAGAGAGGAGGCUUGCAUUGAUUUGAUGAAGCUUCUGAACUUUAUCUUGGGAUCAGUUUAGAGCUAAGGAAAGGUUUUCAGCAGGGGAGCCGCACAAUCUAAUGUAUGUUUUAUAAAGUUCACCCUGGCUGCUGCAGGAACAGACUGGAGGGGGCCAGGUGGCUGCUGGGAGGAAUGGACAAUCAGACCGUUCUGGCUGUCCAGUCACUGUUGGAUGGCCAAGGAGCAGUCCCUGACCCAACAGGCCAGAGUGUCAAUGCACCCCCUGCCAUCCAGCCGUUGGAUGACGAGGACGUCUUUCUCUGCGGGAAGUGUAAGAAGCAGUUCAACUCCUUGCCAGCCUUUAUGACCCACAAGCGGGAACAGUGCCAGGGGAGUGCUCCUGCCCUGGCCACAGUCUCGCUGGCCACAAACAGCAUCUACACCCCUUCGGUAGCACCUGCCGCGGUCCAGCAGGUCCCGCCUCCUGCCAAUCGCCAGAUCUCCACGUACAUCACGGUGCCCCCGUCCCCACUGAUCCAGACCCUGGUGCAGGGGAACAUCUUGGUGAGCGAUGAUGUGCUCAUGUCUGCCAUGUCGGCCUUCACGUCCCUGGACCAGCCCAUGCCCCAGGGGCCCCCGCCUGUGCAGAGUCUGAACAUGCAUCCUGUGCCCGGUUACCUUACGCAGCCUCCUCCUCCUCCUCCACCCCCACCCCCUCUGCCUCCGCCGCCACCUCCACAACCCCCGCCACCCCCACCCCAGAGCCUGGGUCCCCCUGGGCGUCCCAACCCUGGCGGCAGUGGCGUGGUGGAGGUGUACAGCGCUGCUGCGCCCAUGGCUGGCAGCGGGACAGUGGAGAUCCAGACUCUGGGGAUGCAGCCCUACCCGCCGCUGGAGGUACCAAACCAGUGUGUGGAGGCUCCAGUGUUCCCCACACCCCCGGUGUACAGCCCUGGCAAACAGGGAUUCAAACCGAAAGGACCAAACCCUACUGUCCCUAUGACCAGCGCCACCGGGGGCACAGUGGCCACCUUUGACUCCCCGCCAACACUGAAGACCAGACGGGCUAAAGGUGCCAGUGGACUCCCGGAAGCUGCAGGGAAGCCGAAGGCUCAGAGGCUCAAGUGCUCCUACUGUGACAAGUCAUUCACCAAAAACUUCGACCUGCAGCAGCACGUCCGAAGCCACACCGGUGAGAAGCCCUUCCAGUGCAUCGCGUGUGGCCGUGCCUUCGCUCAGAAGUCAAACGUCAAGAAACACAUGCAGACCCACAAGGUGUGGCCUCCAGGGCGCAGUGGUGGCACUGUUUCUCGCAACUCUGUGACCGUCCAAGUCAUGGCCUUAGACCCCAGCAGGCAAGAGGAAGAGGAGAAUGCAGGGUUGGGCCAGAGCCUGUCCAGCGCGCCCCAGCCCCAGGCCCUGCCUGCGGCAGGUGAGGCAGAGGGGGACAGGCUGGAGCCCAAGCAGGUGGUCCUCAUCGACAGCUCCUACCUCUGCCAGUUCUGCCCCAGCAAGUUCAGCACCUACUUCCAGCUCAAGUCCCACAUGACCCAGCACAAAAACGAGCAGGUGUACAAGUGUGUGGUCAAAAGCUGCGCCCAGACGUUCCCCAAGCUGGACACCUUCCUGGAACACAUCAAGAGCCACCAGGAGGAGCUCAGCUACCGCUGCCACCUCUGUGGCAAGGACUUCCCCUCGCUGUACGACCUGGGCGUGCACCAGUACUCCCACAGCCUCCUGCCGCAGCACAGCCCCAAGAAGGACAGCGCCGUCUACAAGUGUGUCAAGUGUGUCAACAAGUACUCCACUCCCGAGGCGCUGGAGCACCACCUGCAGACCGCCACGCACAACUUCCCCUGCCCGCACUGCCAGAAGGUGUUCCCUUGUGAACGCUACCUGCGGCGUCACCUGCCCACUCACGGCAGCGGGGGCAGGUUCAAGUGCCAGGUGUGCAAGAAGUUCUUCCGGAGGGAGCACUACCUCAAACUGCACGCUCACAUCCACUCAGGUGAGAAACCCUACAAAUGCCCUGUGUGCGAGUCUGCAUUCAACCGCAAGGACAAGCUGAAGAGGCACAUGCUGAUCCACGAGCCCUUCAAGAAAUACAAAUGCCCCUUCUCGACGCACACGGGCUGCAAUAAAGAGUUCAACCGGCCAGACAAGCUGAAGGCUCACAUCCUGUCCCACUCGGGCAUGAAGCUCCACAAAUGCGCCCUGUGCAGCAAGUCCUUCAGCCGCCGCGCCCACCUUGCCGAGCAUCAGCGUGCGCACACAGGCAACUACAAGUUCCGCUGUACUGGAUGUGCCAAGGGCUUUUCCCGCCACAAAUACCUCAAGGAUCACCGCUGCCGCCUCGGGCCCCCAAAAGACAAGGACCUGCAAACCCGGCGGCCACCCCGGAGGAGGGCUGCUCCCCGCAGCAGCAGCAGCAGCAGCAGCAGCAGUGGCGGCAGCGGUGGUGGUGGGCGCAAGGCGGUGACCCCCUUGCAGGACCCACUGGGACUAGAGGAGCUGAAGGAUGCAGGGGCGGGGCCAGUGCCCGAGGCCGCCCCAGGCAAGCCACCCUUCACCGAGCAGGAUGCCGUGCUGUCCAUUGUGGUGGGUGGCACAGUAGGUGGGGACCCUGAGCUGGUCGUGCCAGGCCACGCGGAGGGACUGGGCCCUAACCUGGCACUGGCAGAGCUGCAGGCGGGGGCUGAGGGCUCGUGUGCCAUGCUUGCUGUGCCCGUCUACAUCCAGGCCUCGGAGUGAUGGCGGGGCUGUUGCCCCCACAGCCAACCUGACGCCUGCUGGCCUCGGGGUCCAGGCCGACCGUCCGGGUCCGGGGCGGACCAGAGGUCCUUCGGUGCAAGUGAGCCAUGGCAGAAGUCCUUUUGGAAUGCCAUGUAUAAAGCCCGGCCCAUGGCUGUCCCUCUGGGUCCCCAGCCUGCUGGAGAGCCCUGCAGCACCUGGGGUCUGGGGCAGGAUCGUGUUCUGCUCCAGGACAGAGCAAUGGCAAGAAGCAGGGCCGGAGCCUGAGGAGCCCCGUCUGGCUGACCUGGGCGGCCUCUGAUCCGGCUGCUCUUCAGGAGACUGGACAUGGCCAGGGUCCUUACCUACUGGACCUUUUCCCAUAGGGUUCCUCACAGCGUCCCCAGAAAACCGUGCAGUAGGCAUAGGUGGCCCUCCAGCAUACAUGGCGGGUAGAUUACAGCUGCGAGCAGAUCGGGCUGCAGGUCCACGAGCCGCUGUGCACUUGCUGUGUGGCCUCGGGCAGGCCCCAUCACCUCUCUGAGCCCCAUGUUUCUCACCCAUACGGUGGGGCCUGUGGCAGUCCUACCUCCUGGGUUGUCUUGGGGGCUCGGCAUGGUGACAUAUGCCAAGCAUUUGCCAUGGUGCCCUGCACUAGAAAAGUGCUCAAUAAAUGUUCCUGUCACGAGUCCAGCGCUCAGACCCCAUCCUGGCGGUCCUUCCUUAACCCCGGGGUGACCGUCCUCCCCGCUGAAGCCUGGGGGCUGAGCAGGCUGGCACACUGCAGCCACUGGAGGUUAUGAGGGAGGGGUGUCACAGAGCCUGCUCUGGGCACACACCCCAGGGGGAGGUUGGUACUCGCUCAAGAAAAUUCUGGAUCCCGCCUCGCCCCAGCCCUUUGGAACCAGGAACUCUGACCAGAGCCAGGAGUCCAUCCUGAGCAGACCCUGCGUGGCCAUCAUGCCCGCCUCUAGCUCUCCCCUCUGCUUCCCUCCCCAGCUAGUCCAGGUGGGAGGCAGGGGGAGAAAAGGGCCUCAACCCAGGUUUUCCCAGCAACAUUGCGGGAGAGGAAGCCGAGGCCGGGAGAGCAGCCAGGGCAGAUACUGAGCUUCCUUGAAGGCCAGCACGUCCCUCAGGCCACAGUGUUGGGACGCAGGGCUGGAGCUCAGAGCCAGGCCCCACUCCUGGCAUGCUCAGGAAAGGGGUGAUGUGGCAGCGGGGACGAAGCUGAUCAGGGUGAGGCUGCGAGCAUCCCAGACUGCAGAGGGCCAGCAGAGGGACCGACUGGUGGGGACCCAAGUUUCAGGGGAGCUGACAUUUGAGCUGGGUCUUUGCAGAGAAUGCUCUGCUGGGUGGAUGGAUAGGGAGGGCGGCCAGGGAACCAGGGAACAGCAAGGUGGGAGCAAAGACCUCGAGGGCCGGGGCUGAGCAGAGACUCGGAGGAGGGCAGGGAAGUGAUGACCGCCAGCUCUUUGAUCCUCCUCCGUGACGGGUGCUGCUAAGCAGUUUUUACUUCAUGUUGCCUCAGCCCAUCAGGCGAGUGCUAUUACUUGCUGUAUUUUACAGUUGAGAAACGGAGGCCCAGAGAGGCAAAGGUCCUCCCAAGCUCACACAGACGCUAAGCUGCAGAGCUGGGGUUUGAACCAGAGAGACCUGCCUCCUCACGUGCUGCCAGCCACUUGGCUCUGUUGAACUAUGGGUGACUGGCGAAUGAGAGGGCCUUGAACGUUGAGUGAGGGAAUCUGGACUUCACUCUGUAACGCAGGACCUGGGGGCAGCACGCAUGUUUUUAAAUUGGAUCAAUGACGUUAAAGGAAACAUUUUUUCUCCAUUCUGGUUCGAGUAGUUAAG